CCUUCCAAACUACUUUUUGCUUUACACAAAUCAGCAAAUUUAUUUAAUGAUUUUAUUGAUAAAUCUAAUGGUUAAAAGUUAAUGAUCCACAGUAAAUCACAUGACGAAGUCGUUCACCUUAUAUGUUUUGUGAUCCCUACAUUUUCAACAGUGAAGAAAUCAGCAUUGGCAACACAAAACCACACCCUCUGGCAUGGCCAAAAAGCGCAAGCCCAAGAAGAAACCCCAGAAUCACAAUGUAAACCAAAGCCAAAACGUGGCCGCUUUGAUUUGGCGAGUAACACACUCAGCAGAGUCCUUCCUCUCCCAAAACGACCUUGUUCUCCUCCCUUCCCAAUCCCUCCGUCUCGAAUCCCUAAUCUCAUCCAUCAUCUCCCACUCUCCCUCUCCGCCUCUCUCUCCGCCGCACCGUGACUCCUGGUUCAGCCGCUUCCGCUCCGUCUCCGAUUCCCAAUGGCUCCACGCCUUCCGCAUGUUGAAGCCCACCUUCUCCCAUCUCCUCCACCUCCUCUCCCCCUCCCUCGCCCCCUCCUUCCCCCACAUCGCCCCCGACUGCGUCCUCGCCGCCGCCCUCUUCCGCCUCGCCCACGCCGCCCCCUACCCCGCCGUCUCCCGCCGCUUCGCCAUCUCCCCGGCGGACGCCUGCCGCGCCUUCUUCGCCGUCUGUAAGGCCCUCGCUGACAACCUCGGCCACCUCUUCGAGCUCCGCACCGACUCCCAGAGGGUCGUGGUGGGGUUCGGGUUCAGCUCCCUCCCCAACUGUUUCGGGGUUUUAGGAUUCGCUAGGUUCAAAAUCGACGAUUCAUUAUUGGGUGAAAAUGGAGCUUUAAUGGUUCAAGCCUUGGUGGAUUCCGAAGGAAGGUUCCUGGACGUCUCAGCAGGGUGGCCAAGUACCAUGAAACCCGAAACAAUUUUGCGUGAGACUAAGCUUUAUCGUGAGGUUGAAGAAUCCAAGGAAUUGUUGAAUGGGCCGUCUUAUAAUCUCAGCGAGGGUUGUUUGAUUCCGCAGUAUAUUCUGGGCGAUUCUUGUUUUCCCCUUUUGCCUUGGCUUUUGACGCCUUAUAAUAGAGUGAACGAGGAAGAUAGUUUUGGUUCCGCUGAGAGGGCCUUCAAUACUGCGCAUGACAAUGCGAUGGGGUUGCUUGGGGAUGCGUUUGCGAGGCUUCGUGCCAGCUGGCGGCUUCUCGCGGCUUCCAGGAAGUGGAAGCGGGACUGUGUUGAGCAUUUGCCCUUUGUGCUUGUUGCUGGUUGCUUAUUGCAUAAUUUUGUUCUCAAGUUCAAUGAGGCAAUGCCGGAUGAAGGGGUGGAAAAGGAAGAGGGGCUUCCUUCGUUUGAUGGAGUGGAGGAUGAGAGUGCUGUUAGGGUGAGAGAUGCACUUGCUUUGCAUUUGAGUAGGUUGAGCUUGAGAAAAUGAAUUAAUGAAUGUUGGAAGAACUAGUGGGUGUUUCAUUGGUGAACUUGUUUGAAAACCAUCUAUGGCCAUCAGUUCCAUUAUGUAGUAGCAUUUUGUCAUAUCCUAGGAUUUUUUUUCUGAAACUGCUAGUUAAUAAGUAAGGAGCAAGUUAUCAAAAAAUUUCCUUUGAAUGACAAAGGUGUAUGCAUUAGAGUUAGGUAGAAAAAUUCACAUGAUUAAAGUGUUUGAGUAGAAAGAAAUCUGCAAUGAAACUAAAUUCCAAUUAUUCUUAC